AUGUCGGUGUCCGUCAGGUCUCCUCCGGAGGGAGCGACACCCGAGAGCCGCAGGACGAGGAGAUCCAGCGCUGCUGUCACUAACAUGGUGGCAGAGCUUCCUCAGGUGAGAGAGAGGACACCUGUAAAAGACAGAAGCAGCCUGCAAGUGCAUGAUGAUUUAAUUCCAGACGAGCUCCUUGCAACUUUAAGAUCCACCACCUGUCCUCAAGACAGACUUGCACCCCUCAGAUUAACCAAAACUCCUAAAGACUUCAAGAUUUGUUUAAUACAUCGCACUGAUGCAGUGUGGCACCAUCCAGCUAGACGCAAGAAAUACCAAUACUUUCUCAACCAGCCGACCUCUCUGACUGGAGCUGGAAGAGACAUAUCCUUCCUCUGUGAUGCUCGAUUGCCUCUCCCACCAAUGGCUGAACGAAGCCCCGCUCAGGGAGAUCAAAAUGCAAGUGAUAGGAGAAUAACCUGA